ACACGACAGCCUCCUUUCGAGUACCACAACCACAUAAUGUGCACAUAAUGCGCGAAAGUGAAAGUAGGCCCUAAGUGUUUUUGGAAAAUACGAUCAGGGAAAAUAAUCCAACACUUUUAAAUUUUAGAAGAAAAUGUUUAAUAAUCACAUGAACUGAGACUGAUUAUCUUAUCUAAUCCUUAUCACUUUGCCUUCAAAAGCUAUUGAAUUCACCUUCUAAGUAUUAAUUCAUUCUGUAUUCUGGGUGAAUCUGAGAUGUUGGUGUUCGCUUUUUUUUCAGUAUUAGUUAUAAUAAUCGUUCGUUUACUUAAUGCACGAAGUCCACCAUCAUUGAAUGGAAUCUAUCAACAUUCUUCCAAAUUCUACUAUGUCAAAUUAAUAUUUAUUUAUAUUAUUCUUCUUAUUCGAAAGAUGCAGAAUGAUAUCCAUGUUUUAACUAAGAAACGUUCUCAGCAUUCAGGGUAUGGAUUAAAAUCAAAAGUUUCUUUGGAAGAAAUGGACAUGAAACAAACAUUGGGUUCACAUCCGAAGGCAAUUGAUGCUGUAUAUUUCAAUCUUGCUAAUAGCAAUGGAUGGCACUUAAUUGUUGGCACUGCAAGUCGUCCGCAUGAUGUAGUAAAUGGAUUUCUUUAUCUUAAGGUACCUGAUAUUGGACUUCUUGUUUCUCCUAAAUUACCUGACACAAUGCUGUUUCGCUCAAAACUGGAUAGAGAAAACUCUUAUGGUGCAGAGGGACUAAUACUGUAUCCUUUCCAACCAAUGAAAGUGUGGAAAAUUCAAUACAAUGGACCUAUGCACAUAUAUGGGGAUCCAGAGAACAAAUUCGAUGUAAAAUUGAAUGCAGUAUGGAGUUCUGAUUUGCCAUACUUUGAUUUUGAUACUGACAUGAACAAAUACUCUGUGGCAAAGAGCAUGGCAUCGGAACCUUGGAGUAGAGAGUAUUUUAAAAAUCUCAAUGAAUUUCAUCAGACUCACUAUGAACAGCAUGGGGAUGCUCACAUACAACUACAUCUUCAAGAAAAACUGUACAAAGUAAAAGUAAAUGGUGUCAGGGACCAUAGUUAUGCAGAGAAAAGAGAAUGGAAAUUAUUUCAUCGUUAUGCUUUACACUUUAUCACUUUAGAAAGUGGUGUAAGAAUAUCAGUGGGAAUUGUUUGCAUGCCACUUGCCUUUACACGGUUGAUUGUCGGAUAUUUGUAUUCACAAAACGGAGAAAUAGUGAGUGUUCACAAAUGCAGUCUACAACUUCCUCAACAUGGUAACAACGGAAAUCCCCCUUCUGACUACGGAUUUUCAUUUGAAGCAGGAGGACAUACAUAUGAUGUGCAAGUGAAUGUGUAUGACAGAACAGAAUUUUAUAUUGGAUGGGAAUGGGAAGCUCGAGUAGUUGAACUACUUGCCCAAUUUACAGUCAAUGGUGUGAGAGGUUGGGGUGCAUGUGAAUGGCAAUAUCGUAAUGUGAAAGGACGUCCUUUACAACUUUUGCAAAGUGAUCCUACCUGGACAAAGAACAUUAAUAAAGGUUGACUGAGAAUAUAUGAAAAUUUCAUUUUCUUUAUCUAUUGAAAAUUAAUUAGUACCUAACAAAAAUAUUGACAUAGUUUGAAGAGAAUAAUUGAAAUAAAGAAAAGUUGAAAAGAAAUUACAGUAAGUGUUCAUGUAAAUAAAUACCACCACAAAUGCUCUUCAUUAGAUUUAUUUAUUUAAUAUUUACAAUAACAGGCUUGUGUUAAUUAAAUAGUUUCAUGUCAUAACUAAAUUGCAGGAACGUCUGAAACAACUUACAGA